AUGGAUAACGGAACAGAGCUCGGCCACCAAGGCGAACCCACCGACGCGGGCCACGACGACUCCGGCGGCGCCGAGGCCGCGGCGGCCCUCGCGUGCAACUGCUGCCGGCGCCGCAAGCUGCGGUGUUCCAGAGAGGUCCCGACGUGUCAACAGUGCCGUAAGACAGGAAGUGAAUGCGUGUAUGAGUCCAAGAGGUCUAAGCCGGGAAUGAAGGCCGGGGCGAUUGAGAAUCUGCAUCGAAGACUAGAUGCUUUGGAGAGAACAGUACACCAGCAACGGGCUAACCCUGCUGAUCGUGACAGGCGACAGUCCAGGACGGAUAGCUCGCCCAACCAAGAUAGUCCCCAUGGGAGCAACGCUGAAAUCGAGAGAAAUGCCUACAGUAUCAUGUCUUUCUUCGCCAAAGAACUUCAAAAGUUCAACACCAAGGCAUCGGGCUCGCUAAGCAAUGGAAAUCAUAUCCCUGGGGCUGGCGAGGAUGUACCACGAACGAAACGGCGUCGCUUAAACGACUUUGAGGGAACUCAAUCUCCACUCGGUAGCAAUGGCCCUGCUUUACUGGACGGCGAUGUUCUUCAGGCCGUCCUUCAAGCCUACUUUUCACAUGUCCAUCCCUGGAUCCCCAUCCUGCACGAAGCCAGGUUCCGGCGACGGCUUGCCGGGCCCAAUGGCUUCGAGGCGUUGAAGGUCGUAUUACACUCCAUGGUUCUUGCCGCUGCUAGGUACGUCAGCGAUGAAGAGGCUGCUGCCGCCGCUUUCGGAUCAUGCCAACACAGGGUGAACGUGAGAGACUGGGUUGUUUCACAAGCGAUGAAACACCUCACAGUCGAGAGUCUCCAAGCUCUCAUUAUUGUCUCCUUCAACGAUAUUGGUAGCGGCGAUGCAGCUCAGGCAUGGUCUCUCGUCGGCUCGUUGACACGCACCGUCGAGUAUCUCCAGCUUACCGUGGAACACGACGACGCCGACAGGCCCUCCUUAUCUCAGCCCUUCAUCUCUCUCCAUCCACCCGACAACUGGACCGAAGCUGAAGAGCGGAGGCGAGUGUUCUGGAACGUCUUCAAGCUCGACCGCCUCAUCUCCGUCACAAUGGGCUGGAACACAAGUCUCACCUCAGACGAUGUCCGCUGCAGACUGCCGUGCGACGGCGUCCUCUGGCGUAAGGAAGACCGGGUAGUCACCCCGUACUUCGGGAUCUGGGACAAGGCCGCCGGCAGGAUAGGCAACCCAAUCGCGUUCAUUCCGUCUCAUUACGCGCAGACAUCUCAAAUAGUCGCGGAAGAGGAGAUACAGACUCCUUCGGAAGCUGGGACGUCUCCGGGAGCGCAGGCUGCGAGUGUUGACAUGUCGACCGUCGGGGCUUUCGCUUAUUGCAUCGAGGCAACAGAGUCUCUGAGUCGAGUCACCAGCUACUUCCUUCAACAGAAAAUCAACAUGAGAGAUCAAAGGGAUAUCAGCAGUUGGUUGACCCGCUUCAAAGAGCUCGACCUACGUCUGGUCCAUUGGAAGAUGCUGCUGCCUCAAAAGUGGAAGGCGAACAUGGCUCGCCAGUCCACACGGAUGGACCCCAAUCUGACCCUGGCGCACGUCACCCACAACACUUCCAUGAUCCUACUACACCAGCUCAUCGCCUUCCCGCCAAAAGAGUGGCCGUUCCGCGCCCGUCUACCGAGCGUUCUGAGCAUCGACACGUGCCAGGCCGCGGCGGUGGAGAUCGCCAUCAUUGCCGAGAACUACCUGAAGCACGCCCCGCCCACCAUGCCCGUCUCGAGUCAAUUUGCUUUCUGCAUUUACGUGGCUGCCAGAGUGCUGCUGCUUCGCUGGAGACACGAGACUGGGGGUGAUCUGAUGCCUGAGUUCUGGUCUCUGGUGCAGAUUCUCGAUGAGAUGGCUAGUCGGUGGUCUGGUCCGCAUAGUUUCGAGCCGGCGAGAGACAACCUCGCUGGGAAAUACUCUCGGAAGCUCACCGAGAUGCAUUCGAGAUGCGGCGAUGAUUCACCUUAUAACAUCAACGUGUUGGGAUACACGACGGAGAUCGACCACACCAGCUCCAAGGACCCGCCAGCUUUCCCUCAACCAUGUCGCAACGGAAACGGCCAGCAGCAUGUUCCGGAAGCAAGACCGGGUAUUAUGAGGGGUGAACAAGACAGGGGUCCCGUUGUAGACCCUCAACGAGGCAUGGGAGUAAACAACGUUGACAACAUCGUCGUCGCUCAGCAAUACACCGCUUCCCACCCAACUGUGAACCCGAAUCCACCCCCUGGUGCCAUGAUCGUGCACCCGACCAUGGAAAUGAACGGGGUCGAGCCAAUCACUCAGCAGACCAUCUACCACCGUGGAAGUGUGGGAAGCGGCGAGCUCAGCAGCAUCUCCCAACUGCUGCUCGACCAGCAGUUCGUCGACAUGGACCGGAUAAUCAGCUUCGACGACGGCAUCUUCGGCACAGAGUACGAAGGCGGGUGGUAA